AUGAGCUUGCUUGAUAUGCCAAGCGACUUGAACCUUGGAUUGGAUUCGUCUUCGUUACAAACCGACAUCCAACCUACACUGACGGCUCGGUAUCCACGGGGAGAAAGCCUUCAUGCCAAUCAACAGUCAUACCCUGAAGCGCCGUCUCAUUUGAGGACCACUGAACAAGCGGUACAAACAAGCUGGAAUGGCGUUCCCAGUCAACAUACGUCAAACGACAUGUGCGACUUCUCAUUGCCGACCACGGUGCACUCCUCUUUCCCCUCGACCUAUUCCCGGCAUCGCGUAUCGCUGGGAAGAAACACGUCCCCUCAGAAUGCACACCAUGCACACCAGCAACUUCAAGAUGACAUGAUGCCGGACUUUGAUGAAGCAGGGGGGAAUCCAAAAGGAUCUGAUGGUAAAGGCUCAGGUACAGAUUCUGGCUAUGGUAACGAAUUAUCUCCAUCCGAUCUGCUACAGUCACAUUAUGAUGAUGAUGCGCAAGAUCCAGGUCCACAGCUGCGGGGCAAUCAGCAAGACGAAGAGGAGCCCUCAGAUCCGGCCUCUGAAACACAUCAAUCAAAUAUGACCUCCUGGAUUCGCAUGCUGUCGGAUACCAAUGUGCAGCUUCACCAGCACAUGCAAUCAAUACCCAUGGUUGAAACAGGACAGAGGUCGCGCAGUAGUUCAGGAAGCUCAGUGAGCUCCAUGGAAGGGGAAGCACGGCUUCCAGUGGAUUGCACAAUUAAAUUAUCAGGUCAAUACACAGCACUCUUAACCAGUAUUUGCGCUGGAUUCGAGUCAUGCAGGUCAUCCAACGACGCCCAGACGUUAGAACAGCCCACUUUGGACCAACCGUCCCAGUUGCUUAUUCUUUCCAGCUACCUGUGCCUUCUCGAAUCCUAUGACAAGAUCCUACAGCAUAUCAAGGCAUGGUUAGAUGUACGACUGAAGAUGGGCGUCAGAGGUAGCGUUACCACUCUGAAUCACGAGGAGAGCAGCUUUUGCUUCCCGACCCAGCUGCCAAGCCUGGCUGUCGGGUCAUUUGAACUACCCAAGACCUCGUCAAUCCAAUCAGUUGUGUUAGCGUGCAUUCUGGAGACAAACGUGAUGCACAUGCAUUCCCUGAUACGGGAGAUUAUGAGACCUACAUCUAGCAUUGUCACCGGAUUGGCGUCAAAGUCUGUCGCUUCGGGCCCUCCGCCCGCCGAGAAGCGCAGUAUGAAUGGGGUCGCAGAUGCCCGUGGUGGACUUUCUAGCGUAGCAAAGGUGACUCUACAGGCAAUUGAAGCCAAUGAGGAUUCCACUUUACAGCUGGUGCAUAUUGUUUCGAAAUUGGCUCUUGGCCGUGUUAUGCUCUGA